AAACCCAGGACAACACCCACAUUGUCCCACGGGAAGACCUCACAGUUGACAACAGCAAGUGUCUUUCUCUUAACUAGAAUAAAAUCUGUUAAGGGCGGUCACUACUUAUCCCGGGGAAACAGGACUCGGGGUAACGGGCAACGCAGGCCAUGCUGGCUGCUCCCUUUGCCCAGCCUGUGCCCUCCACGGCUGCACAUGUCGUAGCCGAUACUCGGCUAAGCAAAUGAGCUCCAUCCACACUGUUCAGCCGCCAGAGGACCAAGUGCUGAGGCACACCGUUCCCUGGAUGAAGCUUGAAACCCUGUUCCCUCGACCCCGCGUCUCCAUCAGCUGCUACGAUGAGAUAUGCACCAGAAUUAAAGAAAUCCCCUUCUCACCUCCUGAAGAAAUUUGCAGUGUGUGACAUUCCUCUCUACAACAUAUGUGACUACAACAUCACCAGAGACCGGUGCAAGGAACUCGGGUGCUGUUUCUACAAAGGCGUGUGCUAUGAAAAAGCGGUUCCCAUCUACGUGCAGGUGUUUUCUGCCUUGAUCGUGAUCAUUGCUGGGGCCUUUGUCAUCACUAUCAUUUACAGAGUUGUUCAGGAGAGUAGGAGAGAAAAGGAAGUCCGCACGGAACUGCUUCCGUCACCCAUGUCCAGCAAUCAAGUGGAAUUGACGCUCUCCGGCGAGCAGGUGGGGUCCAAGGCUGGGAGUGCGGAGCCGUUGAACAGGAGCAAGGACAGCAAGGAGGAGGAAGAGGAUGCAACACUGACAAUAAUGGAAGAUGAAGAAACCGAGGACUGAGGUGCACGACGGAGGCAGAGUGAAGGUUGGCAGAAACACCCAAGUGAAAUGGUCCAGCUGGCGAACCGCUGUGAAGUGUGUGAUGGAAACAGCAUCAAUGAUGAGACAAUAAAGGUAUUUUAAAUGCUU